AUGGAAAAAGAUCGUAUUGAAAUACAAAUUGAAAAUGAUAAAGGUCCACCUGUAAUUGAUAAAAAAGAUAUAAAAGAAUCAGCACUGUUUACAAAAAGCGCGGCAGUUAGUCAGGACGAAACAUUUCUAGUUAUAUUUGAUUCAAUUGACGAUUAUUAUGAAAAUGUCAUAAUACGAAUGUAUAACGUCAAUAUCGAUGAAGCGGGAAAUAAAGAUCUUUCUGAAACAUUUGAACAAUUAAAACUUACACUUAAAUUUGAUGGGCAUGAAGAACAAAGUUGGUUGAUGGCGUCAAGUUCUUUUUCAAGUUGGUCUAUUGCUGUAUCAAAUGAGUAUCGUGAAAGUUUUAGAUUACUAGCUUUAUCUUGCAUAAGCGACGACUUCAAAGCCAAAGAAUGUAAUAGUGUAGAAAUAAAUGAUGGUGGAAUAAUCCAGUUUAUCUCUGGUGCAGGCGAAUUCAUCCUUAUUUUGAUAAAAGGAAAUGGAAUAUAUAAACAUCGUUUGAGAUAUUCAUCAGAUAACAUGCGAUUUCAGCAUAAUGUUUUAGCAUUAAAUUAUCCAGAAAGAAUAAUUAAUGCUUUAAAAUAUAAUUGCAGCGAAAACUUUAGUAGGUCUAUGAUCGUACCACCGAGUGAUAUU